CGUCCGCUGCGCGGUACGCCGCCCAUCCGCCCGCCCUUUACCGGCGCCGGGCCGCCCGCCGCGGACCCGGGGCGGACCAUGCGCCCUCCUAGACCUCCGCCCGCCCGCUGGCUCUGCGUGCUGGUCGGCGCCCUAGCCUGCGCCCUCGGGCCAGCGGGCGGCUGGGAAGUCGGGCUGCAGCAGGAGGAGUGUGACUAUAUGCAGAUGAUCAAGGUACAGCACAACCAGUGCCUGAAGGAGGCCCAGCUGGAGAAUGAAACAACAGCUUCCCGACCCUGCUGUCUCCAGCAGGACGCCUCCCUGACCACGUGCCCCCUACCAGCCCCUCUUCCCUGGCUCCCCCGCUGCCUGCUGGCCUGCACCCCAGCACAGUUCACAACCCAGGCCUGGUGUCUGGCAGGGUCAGUCCCCCAAGAAUCAGCUCCUGGGAAGGGGCAUGGCCUCCGGGCCCCCAGUGAGCUCCUGAGAUCUGGGGCUGAUGGGGGCCUGCAGUUUGAUGAGUGGCUGCUUGAAGCCUCCAGGCCGGCCCACCCUCUGCUGCAGCGGGAGAAAGCUGAGGGGGUGAGGAGGGGCGUUCUCAAAACGUGCAUCGUGGUGAUGGUGACGGUCAUGGUCAUGGUGAUGCUGGUGCUGAUGGAGGUGCUGAUGGUGGUGGUGCAGGUGAGAAAGGAGCUAGACGGCCGCAACGUGAGCCGCAGCUGCACUGACGAGGGCUGGACGCCCCUGGAGCCUGGUCCCUACCCCGUUGCCUGUGGCUUGGAUGACAACGCAUCGAGUUUGGACGAGCAGCAGACAAUGUUCUACAGUUCUGUGAAGACUGGCUACACCGUCGGCUACAGCCUGUCCCUCGCCACCCUCCUUGUCGCCACUGCCAUCCUGAGCCUGUUCAGGAAGCUCCACUGCACGCGGAACUACAUCCACAUCCAUCUCUUCGUAUCCUUCAUCCUGAGGGCCACCGCUGUCUUCAUCAAAGACUUGGCCCUCUUCGACAGCGGGGAGUCGGACCACUGCUCCAAGGGCUCGGUGGGCUGUAAGGCGGCCGUGGUGUUAUUCCAGUACUGUGUCAUGGCCAACUUCUUCUGGCUGCUGGUGGAGGGCCUCUACCUGCACACCCUGCUCGCUGUCUCCUUCUUCUCCGAGAGGAAGUACUUCUGGGGGUACAUAUUCAUCGGCUGGGGGGUGCCCAGCACAUUCACCAUGGUGUGGACCAUCAUCAGAAUCCAUUUUGAGGAUUACGGAUGCUGGGACACCAUCAUCUCCUCACUGUGGUGGAUCAUAAAGGCCCCCAUCCUCGCCUCCAUCUUGGUGAACUUCAUCCUCUUUAUUCGCAUCAUCAGAAUCCUGGUUCACAAACUGCGGGCCCCAGAUGUCGGGAAGAGUGACAGCAGCCCAUACUCGAGGCUGGCCAAGUCCACCCUUCUGCUGAUCCCCCUGUUUGGAGUGCACUACAUCAUGUUUGCCUUCUUCCCCGACAACUUUAAGGCUGAAGUGAAAAUGGUCUUUGAGCUCGUCGUGGGGUCUUUCCAGGGUUUUGUGGUGGCCGUCCUCUACUGCUUCCUCAAUGGCGAGGUGCAGGCAGAGCUGCGGCGGAAGUGGCGGCGCUGGCAUCUGCAGGGCGUCUUGGGUUGGAAACCCAAAUACCAGCACCCGUCAGCAGGCAGCAGCGGGGCCACGUGCAGCACUCAGGUCUCCAUGCUGACCCGCGUCAGCCCCGGCGCGCGCCGCUCCUCCAGCUUCCAGGCCGAAGUCUCCCUGGUCUGACCUCCAGGUGCCCAGGCGGGUGGGCGGCCCCUCCCAUCGGCACCGCCCCCCACCCCGCGCGGCAGCGGGGGCAAAGGCCUGCCAGGCGAGGUCAGCCCCAGCCCUGAGCUCGGGGGCUGCCCGGGCACCCCCAGCUCACUGUCCGGAAGCCCCUGGAGAACGCUGCCCUUGCGCCUGCCUGGGGAGACGAUGGGGGAGAGCUGGGAGCUCCUACCUAGAAGAUGAGGGGUGGAGCUCAGUCUUCAGACUCCGCCCCCAAAGGCCCCCUCCGCCCAUUAAGGGCAAGAAAUCUGCAUACUCUCACCUGAUUCCACGGCCUGGUAGAUCUCGCUACCCAUCCGAGGAGGGCCACCGCCUAUCCCCUGACAAUGCAUGUGGGAACGUGGUGUGAUCUGAGGGGACAAAGGUCUUGCCCCAAAAGGUCACCUGCCACCGCCACCUCGACAGUGCCUGAAGUUCCACCAUUGCUGUCAGUUUCCUUUGGGUUAAGCAUCACCAUUCAGGCAUCUCUCCAAAGACGCGGUCCCCUCCCUCAGUGCCUCCUCAUAGCUGCCAGCUCUUCAAGGUGAAUGAGUUUUUCUGCCUCCGGCAGAUGCGGUUGUAAACGAGGGGUUUUGGUUUGGGGAGGGCAGCUAUCUUCAUAGUCCCCGCUAAAGUGGAGUCAUCCCGGGAGGGCUGGAACAAUUCCAGGAGCUUGCCACCAGCCCUACCAAUCCUUAUGGGCUGUGGGAGCUGCCCCUGGCUGCCUACCUAUGUGCCAACUAUUAGGACCGGGCUCAGAGAUGUACACUCUUGGGCCCCUUAAUCCUCAGAGCAACCCAGCAAGGCGGGCACUACUGUCCCUAUUUCACAGUGAGCCUCACAGAGAGCAGGUACCUCAUCUUGUCACACAGACAGCAUUUGAACUCAGAUCUUGCUGAUGGGAAAGUGAAAGCACAGACUCUUAACUGCUGCCUUUUAUAUAUUGUAGCAAGCUGGAUCCUCUUGCUUAUUUGUAUCACCACUGAUAUUGUUAUUACCACCAUCCCGCAAACCCCAUUCCCACCCCACCCUCCCUGGAGUGUGGCUGAGGAGUCCCCCAGCCCAUGUAUCAUCUGGACAAGAGCCUGGUGGCUGUCAUGUCCUGUGUCCGCCCUGCACCCCUGUGGCCACACGGCUUCCUACUCACGCCCCAGCCAGAAGAUCCCCUUGGGACUGCAAACAGGCUUGUGCAACAAUAAAC